UGCCUCCAAAUGAUACACUGUUUCUCAAACGUCACAUGGACCCUCUCAUAAACCUCUUUCAAUCAUCGAGUUUUUUCCCUUUUUUCAUCUAUAAAUGUAAUGGCCGUCACAGUCUUUUCUUGCCACAGAUAUCUGAUCGUAAAUCCCUACAGUUAUUGGUAUAUUUUCUUUUUCUUUGAGGUGAAGUUUGCAGAGGGAAAGGCUAUUUUCAAGGGUAAAGAACUGAGAUCAUUGUGAUAUCUCUUCCAAAUGCUAAGCUGAGCAGUGACCUUUAUAAAAGUUGCAAUAUUGCAGCUGCAUUUGAAGGUGAUUUUGGGCUUGCCCUCAAUUGACACUUCGUAUCUUCUUGUUCAGAGAAACAACCAACAGGAUCUAGGACCUAUUCGCAUUUAUUUUGGAUCGAGCUAUUAUUAUUAGAAGACACUAAAAGAUUCAAGAUGUCUUCUACCAUCUCAAUAGUGCAGAACGAUAGACCAAAUCCUACUGCAGCCUACUCAGAAAUUUCUUCAGAGUUUCUAGUGGAACGCAUAGUACAACUGUAUGGGCAAAUUAGUGUGCUAGAAAGCCUGAAACCAUCCAAUAUAGUGAACACUCUCUUAACUCAGCUUGUCCAUGUCUGCACAAUGCCCAUCUACAUAGACAUCAAUGAACUGAGCAAAGAUGUGAAGAAAAUCCGCUACAAUCUCAUUCUUCUCUGUGCAGAAGCAGAAUACCUGCUAGAAACCCAUUUCUCAGUUCUAAUAGGUAACCUCCCUAAUCCCUUGGCAAAUCUUCAUCUCUUCCCAUAUUACUCAAACUACAUAAACUUAGCCUCCAUGGAGUUCAAUGCUUUGUGUGGUAAAAACAUCCCUUCUCCUAUAUCAAAGCUUGCCUUUGUGGGCUCAGGACCUAUGCCCCUAUCAUCCAUUGUUUUAGCAAAACAGCACAUGCCUUCCACAUUAUUUGAAAACUAUGAUAUAGAUCAGGAGGCAAACUCCAUGGCAAGUAGACUUGUUAUCAGUGAUCCAGAGCUUUCAAAAAGAAUGAUCUUUCAUACAAGUGAUAUAAAUGAUGUGGGAAAGGAUAAGCUCGCAGAAUAUGAUGUGGUUAUUCUGGCUGCUCUUGUUGGAUUGAAAAGGGAGCAAAAAGUGGAGAUAAUUGAACUACUUGGAAGGAACAUGAGACCUGGUGCUGCAUUGUUGCUGAGGAGUGCCAAGGGUGCCAGAAGCUUUCUGUAUCCUGUUGUGGAAGAGGAAGAUCUUGCAAAUAAUGGGUUUAAAAUCCUCUCUGUUAUCCAUCCUAACAAUGAAGUUAUCAACUCGAUCAUCUUGGCCCUUAAGCCCUAGGCCUCCACUUAGUUUACAAUAUCAUGAUCAUAUCUUAGUUAUAUAUUUAAGACUCUGCUGAUGUAAUUUUAUGUGGCAAUUCGACCACAUAGAAAGGUGAUUCAUUCAUUCUGGUCCUUAAAAGGGUGAAGAUUUUGUCAUCACUUUCUUUGAUUGUAAUCCAUGAAUGGACUAAAUAAAAUGAAUGAUUAGAUAUGUUCUCAUUCUGCAUCAA